AUGGAACUGUCCCAGCUACUCAAUGAGAUCAGGGCAAACUAUGAAAAGCUCCUCACCAGAAAUCAGAUAGAGACGGUGCUCUCAACAAGGAUCCAGCUAGAGGAAGAUAUAAGCAAAAAAAUGGACAAAGACGAAGAGGCUUUAAAGGCAGCUCAAGCAGAACUCAAGGAAGCCCGACGCCAGUGGUACCACCUGCAAGUGGAAAUUGAAUCUCUCCAUGCUGUGGAAAGAGGCCUUGAAAACUCCCUACAAGCCAGUGAGCAGCAUUACCAGAUGCAGCUGCAAGACCUAGAGGCUGUGAUUGAAGGACUAGAAAAGGAGUUACAGGAAGUGAGGCGCGGCAUCGAGAAGCAGCUUCAGGAGCAUGAGAUGCUUCUCAACACGAAGAUGAGGCUAGAACAAGAAAUAACAACAUAUCGCCGCCUCCUAGAAAAGGAAGAACUCAGGUAUUAUGGUUGUAUCCAAGGUGGGAAAAAAGACCAAAAACCUACCACAAGUAGAGUUGGUUUUGUUUUACCUUCAGCAAUUAUAAAUGAAAUAUCUUUUUCAACAAAAGCCCCACAAAAGUGUGAGAAUGAAAAAGUGGAAACAGUGACCAAACAGGCAGCAUUAAAUGGAAAUAUCGUGAAGGAGAGCGGCGAAGCUCAUGGCACUAUUCAGACAGAGAAAGUGGAUGAAGUUAUUAAAGAAUGGGAAGGUUCCUUCUUUAAAGAUAACCCUCGAUUAAGGAAAAAAUCUGUUUCUCUUCGAUUUGAUCUUCAUUUAGCAGCUACCGAUGAAGGGUGUUUACAGACUAAACAGGAUAAUCUACCAGAUAUAGAAGUCAGGCUCAUCAUGAGAAGGUCAUGCAGUAUCCCCUCUAUCAAACCUCCACCAGCAGCUAACUAA